AUGCUCCUGGAGUGUCCCAGUGCAGCUAGAGCACCUGACACCGGGUGGUUCUGGGUCCUGGUGAGAUGCCCCGGGGCUGGUGGACUGAGGCCUACACGGGAGGGGAGUGGAGCAGACGGCCGCUGCCUCGCUCUCCGCCCCGGGUAAUGAGAAUCGCAACGCAAAUGGAGCCCUCCCGGCUCCGUUCACCCCCCCCUUUGGACCGGCGGGGGUUAUCCCGGUCCCCACCAGGCAAGCAAACAUCUUGGCGGCAAGCCUGGGUGACCCAGCGCCGACAGUCUAAGGCUACCAUGCGGCCCUCACAAAAUGGCCGACAGCGGCGCGAUUAACUCGCUUCCUACCACCAAACCCACAGACCAACAUUGGAGGAGAGCCCGGAGAGGUCCUUACCAAACACCAACCCCAGCAUAUCGCUACCUGUAUCUGGACACUAUGGGCUGCAAAGCACCGCACCCGUACUCACCUACUGACCGGGUACUGUGGACACGGCGAUCUGAGGACACUUUGAUCGAAAUGAGGCUGCGGAAUACAGUGGAACGCCUGGGUACUCCGCGAGGGUCACCCCCAAGCCUGGGAACAGGAUGCCUCUCAACCAACGACGAUCCCAGCUCCUCGGGACGAAAGGCAGCCAAGGAGUGCACUGCGGAACUCACGACAGCCUUAAAAGAUAACUCCCUGGCGAUACUUGCCGAUACAUGGACAUCUCUGUAA